AUGAAACUUGAUUGGGUAUUUUUCGCCCUCUUGGUCCCUGUGACCGCUGGAUUUGACCUCGGUCCGUCGAUGAGAAUCGCUCAGUGCAGAUCUCUGUGUCUUCGGCGUCAUCAGGAAGCUGAAGAAUGCAAGGAUACUUCGAAUUGUUACAUGUGUUGGGAGGCCUGUGGCUUUCUGGAAAACGACUGGACUAUUUGGGGAUCCGUGUGUCAAGAUGACGAGGAAAUUUGUUUAUCCGGGUGUAAAACGGCCUGCGCCUACCACGCAACGAGAGUCGAGGAAGAAUUCCUUCCCUCAACAUUACCGGCGCCGAUGGCAGGACCGGCAUACCUGGAGGCAUACGACGUGGCAAUAGUCUUCAGAAAAGUCGAGGAGGAGUGGAAGGAGAUGGAUCAGAUCCCCGGGGGAGGAGCCAUGACGGUGAACGAGACUACGUGGGUCGUGGUCGUGGCAGAAAACGGGGUGCGGCAGUACAGCGGGGAAUUCUGGAAGCCGACACUGGAGUGUUUGAGGGCGGGUGCCCUCUUCGAGGCGAGUCUGAGCUGGAGCGGCAAUACCGUCGAGGACAACGAGAUCGGUGACAUCGACAGCCCAAAAUCCGGGAUGCAGGCAAUUGACUUCGAGAACGACGAGGUCCUGCGGAAUGCCUUGAGCUCGACACGGACUCUCAGGCCACGCGAUUCUGCUGCCACGGAUAGAAUCAGACUCUACUUUACACCCGGAGCGAAGAGCUACUUCGACGAACAGAACGCCAGAAUCCUUGCCGACGUCGGCGUGCAAGGUGAAGAGGAACGCCCUGAGAUUUACGGCGAGGAGCCCAGCCUGAUGGAAACUACGUCGAAGAACAGCGUCGAGAAGGGAACCGGUGGAGCCUCCUACAUCGUCUCCUGGGAACCGGAAGCCGGCGGGCUCAUGGGCAACCAGGUCGCUGACGCCAAGUCUACUCAGAUAUCUCUUCUGCCUGGAACUAAGUACCUCGUACGAAUUGCGUCGAACGAAGGGCCCGGCAGCUUCGCCCUCGAGAUCGAUACGACGAUCAAAUCCGUCCAGUUCGCUCCUCUGGAGGCAGUACACGCGUAUAUUCAGCCCUUGGCUAUUUUGGCUGGAUGUGCCAGCGCCCUGAGCCUCGUCGCGGUUGCCGUUCUCCUCAAGGUUUGCAGGAGAACGCCAGUCGACGAUAAGCUGGACUAUGUAUGAGGAGAUCUUGAGGUGCCACCAAAAUCGUGAACGUAGCGAGACGAAAUGGUAUAACGUUGCCGGCUGCGCAUCCGAUUGCGCAUGCGCAAGCUUCGUCGUCUUCUCGUACAGGCUGGCCACUGCAAGCUUCAGCUGUUACACUCGGCCUUUGGAGGUUAUGCAGACAAUGCGGUUCCAGGUU